GCGCCGCGCCGCCAGCGGGAGGACGUGGCGGGUUUUCUUGGGGGCGGGGGGAGAGGGGGGGCGGCGACCCUGUGCGUGACGUCAUAAUCUUGUGAGGCACAUUAGCGGUCAGCUGAGCGGCGGCGGCGACGGGUCAGUGGCGGCCUGGUUAGCGUGAGGCGCCGCGGCACGCUGCGACAGGCUGCAGGAGGCAGGCUACAGGCUGCUGUGUGUGGGUGUGUGCGUGUGUACGUGCACGUGGCACGGUGCGUGGCCCUGUGUGUGUGGCCCCGUGUGGCCCUGUGUUACCCCGUGUGGCCCUGUGUUACCCCGUGUGGCCCUGUGUGGCCCCGUGUGGCCGCAGCGCCCGGCCGGCCCGCGGCGGGGUGAGGAGCCUGGCAGUGCCCCGCGCCCCGUGGCCCACUGGCCCCGGCACGCCAUGGCGGGGUGAUGGAGGGCGCGGCGCCCCCUUGCCCUCGACACCUGGUGGAGGCUGAGGUGCACCCGCAGCCCCCCCCUCCCGACCCCCCGGACUCGCCCUCCCACGUGCCCAACGGCCCCCUGGUGGUGCCCGAGGUGCCCGCCUUCCUCAGGGGCGGCGCCGCCAUGACGGGGGGCGGCCCCCCCUCCCCGCCGCCCCUGCUCACCACGUUCGGGCGGCCGCGACCCCUGGACCCCCGCGUGGAGCAGCUGCGGGGCCGCCGCGCCCCCAAGGCCGUGGCGGCGCCCGCCGUGCGCGGCAGGAACGGCUUCAGCCGCCCGCGCCGCGUCACCUUCCUGGUGGAGCCGCUGCCCGCGGGAAAUCCCUACGGGGACCCAUACCGUGACCCAUACGGGGACCCAUACGGGGACUCCCACGGCGACGAGGACGACGAAGAGGACGACGACGAGCUGAGCGAGCUGACCCGCGGCGCCGACCACGACGCCCACCACGCCGACGACCAGGCGGCAGCGGCGGCGGCGGCGGCGGCGGCGCCGGGUGAGCCGCGACGACCCAGCUUGCGGCCCGGCCAGCCCGACCCCACGGCGACCACAGUCACCAGUGGGCGUGCCAUGAACACCCACCCUCGCGCCCACACCCACCAACACACCCACCACCCAGCUCUCAAGAACCACGCAGGGAUGGGACACGGCGUCGCUGCCAACCUCACCUCCGCCCAUAUCCACGUCGCCUCCACGCCCAUCACCUCCCGCCCUGGCUCCUCCGCGUCUCUGGUGGGCGUGGGCGUGGGUGCCGGCGUGGGUGUGGGCGUGGCGUCGCUGGAGGGGGAGGUUGGGUGUCCGGACUGCGCCGCGCUCUACCCCGUGUCCGAGGAAGCAGUUCUCCACAAUCUCCAUUCGCGUUACAAGAGGGACCAGAUCUAUACCUACAUCGGUACCUCGCUCGUGUCCGUCAACCCGUACCGUCGCCUGGCCCUGUACAGUCACGACGUCAUCCAGGCCUACAGAACCAGCUGUGUCUUCCAACUGCCCCCACACAUCUAUGCCGUGGCGGACGCAGCGCACCGCGGCGUAUGGGAGCGGAACACAGACCAGGUGGUGGUGGUGGCGGGGGAGAGCGGGGCGGGCAAGACGGAGGCGGCCAAGCUGGUGCUGCAAUUUGUGGUGGAUAGGCCCGACCCAUGCCCCAGGUUGCUGCACUCUAACCCCGUGCUGGAAGCCUUUGGGAAUGCGAGAACGAGAAGAAAUGACAACUCCUCAAGAUUUGGUAAAUACACCGAGCUUGAGUUUGAUCACAAGGGCGACCCCAUAGGAGGGACCAUUACCCACUACUUAUUAGAAAAGCCUCGCGUCACCAGCCAUCUACCAGGAGAGAGAAACUUUCACAUCUUCUACCAGCUGUUGGCGGGGGCGGACAUACAAAUACUGAAAGCGCUGAAGCUGCAGAGAAACACAGAAAACUACAACCUCCUGCAGUGUACCAGAUUGACGCCGGGCGAGACACAAGAUGACCGGGCGGAGUUCAGCAUCACUAAGCGGGCCCUGGAUGUCCUGGGGUUGACGCAGGAAGAGCAGCUGGAGGUGAUGAAGGUGGUGGCGGCGGUGCUGAAGCUGGGCAACCUCACCUUCACGUGCGUCAACAACAUCGACGGGACGGAGGGAUGCGUCAACGAGAAUGAAUACGAGCUGCAUGAGGUGUGUGAGUUGCUAUCGUGCGAAGUCGGGUCCUUGAGCGCAGCGCUACAGACUCGCACGGUGGAGGCGCGUGGCGAGGCGGUGCUGGCCGAGUUGAGCGCAGCCGAGGCCACCAGGACCAGGGACGCUCUCUGCCGCGCCCUCUACAGCCGGCUCUUUACCUGGGUGGUGGCGCGCGUCAACGAGGCCAUCAAGGUGAAGACGCUGGGCCGACGGAAGGUUCUCGGCAUCCUGGAUAUCUUUGGCUUCGAAAUGCAGGAGUUGAACAGCUUUGAGCAGCUCGUCAUCAACUUCUGCAACGAGAAACUGCACCAGGUGCUGACGGAGGUGACGCUGAGGCAGGUACAAGAAGAUUACCUGCGUGAGGGUCUUGAGUGGUCCUUGAGAAGACAGACGGGCGUGCUGGCUGUGGUGGAGGACGUGUGUUCGCGAGUUGGUGGCGGCAGCGAGGCCCUCCUGCAGCAGCUGUCCUUCUCCUGCGGCGGGCACUCCCUCUUCGACAUCAAGGGCGGCAGACACUCACACUCCGACAAUAACAUCCCCUCGGACUCCUUCAGGAUCCGGCACUACGCAGGCUCGGUAACGUACAGUGUGUCGGGGUUCGUGGAGAAGAACAGCGACUCCUUACACCGGGACCUGAGCCGCUGUAUGUACCGCUGCAGCCACAGGAUACUCAAGGAGCUCUUUCCGGAAGGCAACCCGCGGCGCACCACCCUGAAGCGUCCAGCCAGCGUCGCCACCCAGGUCCUAAUCUCCGUGUCGGCGCUCAUGCGGGUGAUCAGAACCAAGCAGACGCACCUCAUCACCUGCAUCAAGCCCAAUGAACUCAAGCAGCCGCGUAUUCUUGAGUCCGCGCUUGUCCUUCACCAGAUUAAGUACCACGGGUUGGUCGAGCAGGCGAGAGUCCGCGGCGAGGGAUGGUCCUACAGAGCCAGCCACGAACUCUUCCUCAGCCGCUACGGUAUGCUCUCCUUACACACGUGGCCGGCUUGGAGGGGCGCGCCGCUGGAAGGCUGCGCGAUGCUCCUUGCAGACCUGCCUCUCACCCCCUCACAGUAUACCUUCGGGAGGAGCAAGGUGUUCAUCAAGAGCCAGAGAGCGGUUCAUGAGCUAGAGGAAUACCGCAGGGAGAGACUUGAAGACCUCGCUAUCCUGGUGCAGAAGACUUAUAGAGGCUGGCGGGAGCGGACGAGGUACAGAGCCAUGCGGAGAGCCCAAGUCACCAUCUCUACCUGUUGGAGAAGCUGGAAGGCGCGAGAGGAGUACAGACAGCUGAAGCAGAAGAAGAAGGUGGAGUGGGCGGCCGGUGUGAUCCAACUCUCCUUUAUCAAUUAUCAGCGCUGGCGGUACGUCAUGCGGGUGCUGGAGGAGAUGCCUUCAGACUCACCCAUCGACGGCUCGUGGCCACCCCCGCCCGCCGCCAUGGCCGAGGUGGCGCUCCAGCUGCGGCGACUACAUCACAAGUGGCGGUGCCACAGAUACCGACUGCAGUUUGACCAGACGGCGAGGAACAGAAUGCGGGAAAAGGUGACCGCCUCUAUCAUCUUCAAGGAGAGGAAAGCGUCGUAUCCUAAGAGCAUCUCGCAUCCGUUCCUGGGCGACUACGUGAGGCUGCGGCAGAACGGGCAAUGGAAGAAGUUGGCGGCCGAGACAAACGACCAGUACGUUGUGUUUGCUGAUAUCGUCAACAAGAUCACGCGCUCGGCAGGCAAGUUUGUGCCAAUCCUCCUCGCUGUCUCCACCAACUCGCUGCUUAUCCUGGACCAGCGAACCCUUCAGAUCAAGUACAGGAUACCGGCUCUAGAGAUACAGAGGAUAUCCCUGUCGCCCUACCUCGACGACAUCGCGGUCCUGCACGUCAAGCCCGCCUCGCCCACCGCUGACGUGACCGGCUCCCAGAACCUCAACCCGGGAUGUCUGUUUGGCUCGGACGAGGUGAAGCGGAAGGGUGACCUGGUGCUGCAGACGGGUCACGUGAUCGAGGUAGUGACCAAGCUGUUCCUGGUGGUGCAGAACGCGGCAGGGAAACCCCCGGAUGUGAAUAUUUCCACCGAGUUCGACGCCAACUUCGGUCAACACUCGGUUCUGUUCACGUUCAAGACGGCGGGGCUGGCAGAAGUCGCUCCCGGCCAGAUCCGAAUCAUGCGAAGACACAACAGAAUGGAAGUGGUCUUGUAGGAGUCUUACGGAGCGGUGGUUGUUGUUCCUGGAGUUGGUGGUGGUUUGGGAUAAGAGUGGAGUUGUUAGUGGUGGUAGUGUUGUGGUUGUUGUUGUUGUUGGUGGUGGUGGUGUGAAGAGGGAGACAGAGGAACAAAGAGAGAGAGAGAGAGAGAGAGAGAGAGAGAGAGAGAGAGAGAGAGAGAGAGAGAGAGAGAGAGAGAGAGAGAGAGAGAGAGAGAGAGAGAGAGAGAGAGAGAGAGAGGAAAGGAAUGAAAGAAAUUAGAGAAAAAAGAAGGAAGGAAGGAGAAAGAAAGGAAAAGAAAUGAAAGAGGAUGAAAAAAAUGGAUUGGGAGAGAGAGAGAGAGAGAGAGAGAGAGAGAGAGAGAGAGAGAGAGAGAGAGAGAGAGAUAGAGAG